UUCUAGUCUCUUGUUGCCACCCGGACUCGAAGCUUUAACGACAUCCACACUUCGUCCACUUAGCCCACACAAACAAGUCACCAACAGCUCGCCCUUAGUCUUAACGCCUUCCAUUUUCCCACGUACCCAUUCUACAAACCACCCACCACUGUACCACUUUUCACCCCCCACACUUUUUCCACCACAAGUAGUCUCAUCCUCCCCUCACCACUUCCUUGCUCUCUUGCCCUCCCUUUUUAUUUCCUUUCCCACCACUCCUCUCUCCAUUAGCUCCCAACCCACCAAAUGUACACUCUAACCCCACAUUCCCAUCUCCCUACGCUCCCACGACUCCCUCGAACGUGUCGUGCCACCGCAACCUCGCCAGCUCGAACUUCCACCGCCGAUCCACCCCGCCACCUUCCCAUCACCGCCACCACCACCAUCACCACCCCGGCCACCGCUAAUGGCUCCUCACUCCACUCGACGUGGGCUCACCGUGCAUGGGUUGCGUCCGGCUUCGCCUCCGUGCUCUCCUCCCUAGCCAAGUCAGUCUCCGCCGCAGUCGACUCCGGCUCCGCCUUCGAUCCCCUCCUCGCCGCCUUCCUCGGCUACAUUCUCACCGACCUCGGCACCGGCUUCUACCACUGGGCCAUCGACAACUACGGCGGCCCUUCGACGCCGAUCUUUGGCCGUCAGAUCGAAGCAUUCCAAGGGCACCACCGCUGGCCGUGGACGAUCACCCAGCGAGAGUUCGCCAAUAACUUGCAUGCCCUCGCUCGCGCCGUGACCUUCGCCGUCAUGCCGAUCGAAUUCUUUGCUACCGCCAAUGACGCGGCGGUGCAUGCAUUCGUCGGGGCGUGCGCGGGCUGCGUCAUGAUGAGCCAGCAGUUUCACGCGUGGGCCCACGGGACGAAGAGCCGGCUGCCGCCAGUGGUGGUGGCGCUGCAAGACGUCGGAGUGCUGGUCUCGCGGGCGGAGCAUGCAGCGCACCACCGGCCGCCGUACAACAGCAACUACUGCAUAGUUAGCGGGGUUUGGAACGGGCUGUUGGAUGAGUGGAAGGUGUUUGAGGCGAUGGAGAUGAUGGUGUUCUUUAGGUUUGGUGUAAGGCCGCGGUCGUGGAGCGAGCUAGAGUUGGAGUGGAAAGAAGAAAGUGGCGGUGUGUCUUCGGAGAGCCACAAUUGCUAGGAGUACAUACAUGUUUUGGAUUACAUGGUAGAAGAAUAUUCUUUGGGCUGAUGCUUGUUGCAAAACCGGAGCCAAUUGUCAUUUUCUUUAUCAUCAUCAUCAUCACUGCUGUUACCAGUGCUUCUUCUAUUCUUUUCUUUUCCAAAUUGGCAGGUCUACAGUAUAAUUGAUCAUGGGCCAAUCUAAAUUUUGUUCAUUUUUAAUCGAACUUUGGGCCAGAUCUAUUUAAAAUUUAAUAUUUUUAAUA